AUGGCUGCUGCUAAUAUCACGUAUGUCACUGAAUUCAUUCUCAAAGGAAUUACUGAUCGGCCAGAGCUUCAGGCCCCCUGUUUUGUGAUAUUUUUAAUUAUCUAUCUGGUCACAGUUCUUGGAAACAUUGGAUUGAUUAUCUUAAUCAGGAUUGACACAAGACUCCACACACCUAUGUACUAUUUUCUCAGCCACCUGGCCUUUGUAGACCUUUGUUACUCCUCUGCCAUCACCCCGAAGAUGAUGGUGAACUUUGUUGUGGAACGCAACACGAUUCCUUUCCACGCUUGUGCAGCACAGCUGGGCUGCUUCCUGACCUUCAUGAUCACCGAGUGCUUCCUUUUAGCCUCCAUGGCGUAUGAUCGCUAUGUAGCCAUCUGUAGUCCCCUGCAUUACUCAGUCCUGAUGUCAAAAAGAGUCUGUAUUCAAUUAGUCGCUGUUCCAUAUAUAUAUAGCUUUCUGGUUGCCCUCUUCCAUACCAUUAUCACCUUCCGUCUCAUUUACUGUGGGCCCAAUGUAAUCAACCAUUUCUAUUGCGAUGACCUUCCCCUCUUAGCUUUGUCCUGUUCGGACACACACGUGAAGGAAAUUCUGAUCUUUGCUUUUGCUGGCUUCGAUAUGAUCUGUUCCUCGUCGAUUGUUCUCAUCUCCUACAUCUUUAUCAUUGCUGCCAUCCUAAGGAUACGCUCCAACCAGGGGCGACGUAAGGUCAUGUCCACCUGUGGCUCCCAUAUGAUGGCCGUUACUAUUUUCUAUGGCACCCUAAUCUUCAUGUACCUACAACCUAAAUCAAACCACUCCCUGGACACAGACAAAAUGGCUUCUGUCUUUUAUACUGUGGUGAUCCCCAUGUUGAACCCUCUCAUUUACAGUCUAAGGAACAAAGAAGUCAAAGAAGCCUCAAAGAAAGCCUUGGGUAAAGCUUGUGAAACCUUAAAGAUUUUGAAAUUAAGAAAAUGA